AUGAGCAAGUUCAUGAAACCCGGGAAGGUGGUGCUCGUCCUGGCUGGACGCUACUCCGGACGCAAAGCCGUCAUCGUGAAGAACAUUGAUGACGGCACCUCAGACCGCCCUUACAGCCAUGCCCUGGUGGCUGGAAUUGACCGCUAUCCCCGAAAAGUGACAGCUGCUAUGGGCAAGAAGAAAGUUGCCAAGAGAUCCAAGAUCAAGUCCUUUGUGAAGGUUUAUAACUACAACCACCUGAUGCCCACAAGGUACUCUGUGGACAUCCCCCUGGACAAAACUGUUGUCAACAAUGAUGUCUUUAGGGACCCAGCCCUGAAACGCAAGGCAAGGCGGGAAGCCAAGGUCAAAUUUGAGGAACUAUACAAGACAGGGAAGAACAAAUAG